AUGGAUUCCGAUGGGAUCUUGCCCUAUGCUCCACAGUACGAAGAGGAGAAUCUCGAUGAAAAAUACCCGAACCGGCCGCAUAACCGCGCACCCACGCUCCCGUUCCACGAGCUUUACCUGGAUCUCUUCAACCCCCUAAGUGACAUCAGAAAGCGGCCUAGAGGCCCUGGCCCUGGUCUGUCACGCCGGAAAGUUGGACCUCAGGGGAAAACCUCAGCAAACUUGAACCCUUAUGAACUCCGACGCGAUGUCAUCGCUCGCUUUGUUUCCCGAUGGCGGAAGGAAGUGGGGGACGACAUUUACCCAGCCUUCAGGCUCAUUCUCCCCGAUAAGGACAGAGAUCGGCCGAUGUACGGCAUCAAGGAGAAAGUGAUUGGGAAAAUGCUGGUCAAGAUCAUGAAGAUCAAUAAGGAGUCGGAAGAUGCCUCCAAUUUACUGAAUUGGAAGCUUCCCGGCAUAUCCGCCUCGCGCAUGGCGGGUGAUUUCGCGGGCCGAUGCUAUGAUGUGCUGUCCAAGCGGCCGAUGAGGACUGAUCCUGGAGAUAUGUCAAUCGAGGAGGUCAACGACAGACUCGACAAGCUCUCGGCGGCUUCCAAGGAGGACCAGCAGUUGCCCAUUCUGGCAGAAUUCUAUCAGCGUAUGAAUCCAGAUGAGCUUACUUGGCUAAUUCGGAUAAUUUUACGACAAAUGAAAGUUGGAGCCACAGAACGCACUAUGUUCCAUGUCUGGCAUCCAGAUGCAGAGAACCUAUAUAAUAUCUCGAGUAGUCUGCGGCGCGUAUGUUGGGAACUUCAUGAUCCGAAUAUUCGACUUGAGGCGGAGGAUCGAGGCAUUGCACUGAUGCAAUGCUUCCAACCUCAGUUGGCCCAGUUCCAAAUGCACUCGUUUGAGAGGAUGAUCUCUCGCAUGCGGCCAACAGAGGAGGACACUGUCUUCUGGAUCGAGGAGAAAAUGGAUGGAGAGCGUAUGCAGCUCCAUAUGGCCUCUGACGACUCAAUACCAGGCGGACGGACGUUUCGCUUCUGGUCACGGAAAGCAAAAGAAUAUACUUAUCUGUACGGCAACGGAAUAUGCGAUGAGAACGGUGCUUUGACAAGGCAUCUCAAAAAUGCCUUUGUGGAUGGCGUACAGAGCAUUAUCCUUGAUGGCGAAAUGAUUACAUGGGAUCCUAAGCAGGACGCACCCGUCCCAUUCGGUACGCUUAAGACUGCAGCCCUGGCAGAGCAACGAAAUCCAUUUUCGGACGGUCCACGGCCCUUAUUCCGCAUUUUUGACAUUCUUCACCUCAAUGGGUGUGACUUGACGAAGUACACCCUUCGAGAUCGCCGGAAUGCACUUCAGAAAACCAUUCGGCCCAUUCACCGUCGCUUUGAGAUUCUUGAAUACCACGAAGCCACUACUGUUGCAGACAUUGAGAAAUGUUUACGAACAGUUGUGGCAGAGGCUUCAGAGGGACUGGUCCUGAAGAACCCUAGAUCUCCAUACAGGCUAAAUGAGCGUCACGAUGACUGGAUGAAAGUGAAACCGGAUUAUAUGACGGAGUUCGGCGAAUCGCUGGAUCUCAUCGUCAUAGGUGGAUAUUACGGCUCCGGUCAUCGAGGAGGAGCUUUAGCAAGCUUUUUGUGUGGUCUCCGGGUUGAUGAUGGGAAUUCAAGCCAAGAUGCUGAUCCCAUGAAGUGCUGGUCAUUCUGUAAAGUUGGCGGUGGAUUCACUGCUGCUGACUACCAAGAGGUCCGUCAUCACACGGAUGGAAAAUGGAGAGAGUGGAAUGCGAAAAAGCCACCUGUGAAUCUCAUUGAAUUGGCCGGUGGGAAUGCCCAGCAUGAACGGCCAGACAUGUGGAUCAAGCCAUCCGACUCUGUUGUUAUUUGUGUCAAAGCAGCCUCUGUAUCCGUGAGUGACCAGUUUCGCAUGGGAUUGACGCUUCGCUUCCCCCGCUUCAAGAGGCUACGCAAGGAUAAGGACUGGAAGACGGCUUUGUCGAUUCAGGAAUUCUUAGACCUUAAGUCUAAUGCGGAGCAAGAACACCGGGAAAAGGAGUUCUCGGUAGAUAAUUCAAGAAAGCAAAAACGGGUCAAGAAGGCUGGGAAGAAGCCGUUGGCCAUCGCAGGCUACGACGAGAGAGAGAAUAUGCAGUAUUUUGGCCCAUCAAGCCAAAUAUUUGACAAGCUCAAUUUUUUCAUUAUGACCGAGUCAACGUUCCCAGAGAAAUAUUCGAAAGCCGAACUUGAGCAGUUAGUGAAGGCCAAUGGAGGCAAGAUCUACCAAACAAACACUGCUGCACCGGAUACCAUCUGUGUUGCUGAAAGAAAAACCGUUAAAGUGGCUUCAUUGCAAAAAAAUGGAAAAGUCAACCUAGUCAAGCCGUCCUGGCUUGUUGAUUGUGUAAAACAGAAGGAAAAGGAUGUCGGACUCCCAGAUAUUCUGCUCCCUUUUGAACCCCGUCACAUGUUUUUCACAAUGGAGUGCCGAGGGAAAGAAAUAGACAUCAAUGUUGACCAGUACGGUGACAGCUACGCUCGCGAUACGACGAUUGAUGAACUUAACGAGGCAGGCCAUAUCUCUGAACGGAUAUCUUCAACGUCCAUGCUAAUUGGCGUAAUCAGAUUCUUCAGCGCAUGCAGGAUAACAAAGCCACAUCGGACGGCCCGCUAG